UUCAAGUAGGAAGAAAGGGUGACUUUGGACUGUAGGGAGAAUGGAGACAUCAGUGGACAGGACAAGGAAUCAGGUCGAAUACACUCAGAGUAAUCCACUGUUUGACAUGUCACUCAGCAGGACCGAUCUCUACAGCUUUCAGCCUGAUGAUUUGAAGCCAGUCAGGCCCAGGAAAAAGUGGUGUUUUAAAGUGAUUGUUAUUUACCUGAUCUUGCAGACAGCCCUUAAUGCUUUUCUCCUUUAUAAAGUUUUCACAUUGGAGGCUUUACUGCAUAAUCCUACAUCAGAAAAGCUAACAUCCAAUCACAUUUCCCUGGAUGAUCAAAACUUCCACACUGUCAUACAAAACAACAGUCAAGAAACCAAGAACCUGAGAGGCCACCUAUGGGCACUGGAGAGCCAGGUCAAGAGCCUGUGUGGUGAUGAGGGUCAGUUGGAAAGGUUGAGGACCGGCCUGAGUCUGCUCAAUACCACUACCCACAGCCUGGAGGGCAAGCUGACUGCCAUCAGCCUCAAACCAGGUCCUCCAGGCACCAAUGGACAGCCAGGACAUCCGGGUUCCCCAGGAGAGAAAGGCAGCAAAGGAGACCGUGGCAAUACGGGCUUUCCAGGGCCAAAGGGUGAAAGAGGAGUCAAAGGAGAACAAGGAGAGGCAGGACCUGCUGGUCAAAGUGGUCCCAGGGGUCCACCAGGGGAUCAAGGACCAGGUGCAAAGGGAGACAAAGGUGAACCUGGAACACCAGGCCUUCCUGGAGAAAAAGGUGAAACGGGGGUUGCUGGCCUGAAAGGAAGUCCUGGAGUCCCUGGUUUGCGUGGGAUGAUAGGAUUAAAAGGAGAUACUGGAAGCAUCGGUCCAAGGGGACUUCCAGGUCCUAGUGGAUACAAUGGAACACAAGGUCCUCCUGGACCACCAGGUGCCAAAGGAGAGAAGGGAGCUCUGGGAAGAGAGUUGACCGUGCGCCUUGUGCCAGGGAAAAACAGAGGACGAGUGGAAGUUAAGCACAACAACAUCUGGGGCACUGUGUGUGAUGACAGAUUUGAUACUUUGGAUGGCUUGGUGAUCUGUAAGAUGCUGGGAUUCCAGGCUGUUCAAUCCACCUAUACUGCCAGCCCAGGGUCUGGAACGAUCUUGUUGGAUGAGCUGCGGUGCACAGGAGCAGAGGAUGACAUCUUUGACUGCCCACACAGUCAGAUUGGUGUUAAUGACUGCAACCACAAUGAGGAUGUUGGAGUGCAAUGUAUCUAGACUGAAGAGAGAACUGCCCGUGCUGGAGACAGAGCUGUGUGACUGAGACGACCAGAGUGAAAAAAGUAAAUAAAAUGUGUGUUCACUGCACAUCAGAGACAAAUACUAUACUUUUUACUUCACUGUAUUUACACUCUCACAGUUUUACUUACAACUUGCUUAAACAGUUGAGAUUUAAAAACCUCCAAUGAGCAUAUAUGAUGCAGUUCUUUACAUAAAGCCUGCAUAUUAAUGAGAUCACUAUAUAACAGCAUAGUCCUGACAGAGGAAGUCAGCCUGGGAUAUGCAGUUGCUUUCAAUCUGCAACCCUACAGCUAACCCCCACUAAAUCCUACAAGACUAAACUUAUUUUAUACUUCCUCACACCACUGUCAUAUACAUACACUCAUCACAUUCAUAAAAGCUGGCAGCAGUACUGAGACUAAUGGUGUUCACAGAUGGAUCUUGUUAUAUAUUCACAAAAAACACAUUUUAUUCAUUUAAUUUUUAAUUUCAUUACUUCGGCUUAAAUGUCUGUGUAUUGUAAACAGAAGCUUUUGCUAAUAAAUAU